CUUGGUGACGUCAGCGCAAACAGGAAGAGGACGGAGGGCUUGUUGUUGUUUGGGGCUGUUUAGUCAAUGACAGGUCGAUGCUGAUCGCGGUUGAAUGGCAGCACCGGACAGUCGGCGGUCUCACCGGGAUUUCGAGGGAAACGGAUCUGUUCCAAACGGCGAGGGAGUGCGCAAUGCGAGGGAUACCGGAGUACAGACGGAUGCCAAAGUACAAGGCCAUGGACCUCGACUGUCCAAAGCCAACCUCUUCACGUUGUUGAGUCUGUGGAUGGAACUUUUCCCAAAGAAACAAGCCCAGCAGCGAGAGAAUGAUGCAGGUGGAGACUGCGGUCUUGUGGUGGUCCAUGAGCGCAGGGUUCUGGGUCUGCAUUGCUCCAGUGAGCAGUUACAUGCAGGACAGGUGGCUGUGGUCAAACACGGACCCAGACUGAAGGGAUGCGACCUCUACUUCUCCAGAAAACCCUGCUCCACCUGCCUCAAGAUGCUCAUUAAUGCUGGUGUGAGUAGGAUAUCAUACUGGCCUGGUGAUGCUGAGAUCAGUUUGCUGUCAGGCAGACACAAUCACACAGACUCCAGUCACCAGGAAGCUAUCUUAGAUGCCACAGCCGCAGAGAGACUGAAGUCUAACAGCAGACCCCACAUCUGUGUGCUCCUGCAGCCUCUGGACUGCACCAUGCAGCAGUUUGUGGACGAAACGUCUCAAAACUGUGACUUCCUUGGGAAGAUUGCUGCAGACAAUCCAACUCUCGAUGUCAAGGAUAUCUUUGGAAGGGAAUGGUGGAACAACUUGCAUGAAUUCUUGGAGAAGUUCUUUAUAAAUGAUGAGGAACAGCACAAGUAUGUGUUGAACAAGAUGGGACUGGAGAGCUUCUGCGCGGAACCGAAUUUUAGCAACUUAAGGCAGCAUAUGAGGGAUCUCGUUAGGAUACUGGCAUCCGCCGCCGCAAGCGUACCGGUUCUAGAAGAAGAUUAUGGGUUCUUCAUGAGAGAGCCUUUAGGGACGGGUUCUCCUGCUUUACCUCAGGAUGUGGUGCGACACUGUAUCAUACAGGCCCGAUUACUGGCGUGUAGAACAGAGGAUCCUAAAGUGGGAGUUGGUGCAGUUAUUUGGGCUGAGGGAAAACAGUCACCUUGUGAUGGCACAGGUCGGCUUUACCUUGUGGGCUGCGGGUAUAACGCCUAUCCAGUGGGUUCACAGUACGCCGAGUAUCCUCAAAUGGAUCAUAAGCAGGAGGAGAGACAGAACAGGAAGUACAGAUACAUCCUCCAUGCGGAGCAGAACGCGCUCACAUUCAGGAGCGCAGAAAUAAAAGAGGAGGAGAACACAAUGAUGUUCGUGACCAAAUGCCCAUGUGACGAGUGUGUUCCUCUGAUCGGCUGCGCAGGAAUAAAGCAGAUCUACACCACAGACCUGGACAGCAACAAAGUCAAACAUGACAUCUCCUACCUCAGGUUCGACAAACUCAACGGUGUCCAGAAGUUCAUUUGGCAGCAGAAAUCAUCUGCUAGACAUAUGUCAGAACCAGCUGCUCCGCCCACAGCGAACGGCUACAUGAAACGAAAAGAGGAGGAAGCUCAUUUUCAGUGCAAUAAGAGACUGAGAUCAUAGAAGACGUUUCCAAAGCCGCUCGUCCGCCGUGAUGGCAGCAACAGACUUCACCUUCUGUGCUCAUGCAGAAUGAUUUAAAGCACGAAAGAGGAAAGAUGUUUUAUGCUUUGUUUCAUAAGUUUACCAGAACGGCCGGUUAAAGGUUAAUCAUAUGCAUUUUUAGAAACGGUAUUUGGGUUGAAAGAUUGUAAAAUAGCACAUUUUAAACGUACAUUAAAUCAAAGGGUUAAGCAGAACUGUUUAUGGUUCACGCUAUAGAUGACAAAUGAUUUAAAUUUGUUUUGUUUUACAGUGUAAAAUAUAUCGGUACCCAAAAAACGAGUCAACGAUGUUGCUAAUGCUUCAGUUGGUCUUUAUUAUAUAGCAUUUCAGAUGGAAACUGCACCUGCAUGUGUAGUAGGAAAAUUUUCAAUUCAAAUUUAGAACACUUUUUGGCAUCUUCAAUGUAACUGCUGACAAAUAUACCUAAUAAAUUUGGCUUCAUGCGAAUCGUUUGAAAAUAGUUGCUUUGGAGUACAAAUGAAUUUGCUUCACGCUGUGAUCGAUGGCUCUUAACCACCGAAGCAUAUUUCAUCCCAUAAACCUAAAGACGAUCGUAAAUAAAACAAUCAACUGUAGAGGAAAACAAAAAAAGAAUGAAAUUUAAUGAAUUUUCUUCAACAGCAUAACUCAAAUAUAGUGAGUUAAAGAGGUUCAUUGCUUAAUCAAGCUAAAUAUGCUCAGUGAGAACAUAUUAAAAACAAUAAAAAGAAAUUAAGCUCCCCCUUCCAGAAUUUCUUCUAAAAAAACAAAACGGAACAAAAUAGUAAAUGAACAACUCAAGAACAAAAGGCACCUUUUUGUACAUUUUUGUCCUCUUUUCAUCUUGUUUUUCAGCUAUGCAACAAUCUACUUCUGUCAAAAAUCAAAGACAGAUGAAUUAUGGGUUAUAGCACAAAAUACAUACUACAGUAAAAGGUAUACUAUAGUAUAGAAAUGAGUAUUACGCUACAGCUGCACUACAGUAUAAGAAGUACUUUAGCAUGAUGUACUAAAGUUAAGAAAUGCUAUAGCACUAGGGUUACUACAGUAUGGAGCAUACAAUAGUAAUACCACAGCACUAUAGCUAUACCUCACCGAUCUACAGGAAAUCUACGAGUUGGAAUAUACACCGGUUCACUUAGUGCCAAAGUUGAUUUUUCAAGAUUCUUCUAAAACGGCAACCACCUUAAAGAGUAAAAUCAGCGUCGUCUUUUUUUUUUUUUUUU